CAGUUCUGGGUAGCCUACACACCCUGCGCAUCGCAGUACCAGAAUGCUGUGCAGUUGACCUUAGAGCAAAUUGACCUCAUCAAACGGGUCAUUAAGAAGUACAGUCAAUACCUGGAACUGGUCACUAAUUCACAAGACAUCCAAUCCGUGUUCAAGAAGGGAAAGAUAGCGAGCCUGAUCGCUAUCGAGGGAGGCCACGGCAUCAGUAACAGCUUCGGUUCUCUCAGAAUGAUGUACGAGCUUGGAGUCCGCUAUCUCACGCUCACCCACACCUGUAACACUCCCUGGGCGACUUCCUCUGUGAUAGAGACACAGACGCCGGAGGCAAAGAAAACUGAAAACUUUGGACUCACAGACUUUGGCAAGAAGGUGGUCCAGGAGAUGAAUCGUCUAGGGAUGAUGGUGGAUCUCUCUCACGUCUCCACCCAGACGAUGAGAGACACCUUGGCCACAACGCAGGCGCCUAUCAUCUUCUCCCACUCCUCCUCCCGGGCUCUCUGCGACAACCCAAGGAACGUCCCGGACGACGUCCUCCGUCAGGUGAAACACAACAGAGGAAUAGUAAUGGUGAGCUUCUACGCCGACCACGUUAGCUGUACCGACUCUGCCAAUGUCACCCACGUGGCAAGUCACAUCAAUCACAUCAGGAAUGUUGCAGGCAUCGACCAUGUUGGGAUCGGCGCUGAUUUCGACGGCAUCAAUAAGACGCCGCAAGGACUGGAGGAUGUGAGUAAGUACCCGUGGCUGCUGGCGGAGCUCCUGAGGGAUUCGAACUGGACCGUGUCUGACAUCAGGAAGCUCAUAGGAGAGAAUAUCAUCAGAGUCUUCUCAGAGGUGGAGAGGGUGCGGGAUGACCUGCUGGCCAAGGGAGUGGAGCCACAGGAGGAGGAGAUCCACCCGGAGUACUUGAAAGGGAAGACUAACUGUACCUACAUCUUCGACUGAUUCGAAGAUCAACUGAGAUCUCACAACAUCCCUGGUGACUUCCGCAUCCUCCAAUGUUGUUAUUAGCCGGCAUUAAGUGACAUCCACGUCAUUAGAUACGUCUGACGGCAGGCGGCAUCUCUCAUACCAGCAUCCAAACGGCAUUCAUCUCUGUCGCCAGCAUCCGGCGACAUCUAGAAAUAAAGCCUCACUUCAUCAUCCCAGCAACUUGCCACAGAAUGACACUCUUGUUGACGAGUUAAUUCAGGGGAAAUCAUCGUGAUUUAUCGCUGGAAACUGCGCAUCAAUUUUCGACGAAUGGAAAGUUGAAUCCGAUUUAUGACAGGAAUCCGUUUUAUUCUCAUGAAUAGCAGAUGAUUGGACUUGUGUGAUCUUGAUUGACAAAUGAUUGUGAUCUAGUAGCGAAAAAUAACUGGUCUCUUAAUGCUAAAAAAAAAUAUAUAUGCUGUAAAGUAAAUGUAAGUGAUCUUGAAGGACAACAAAUAUUUAAGUGGUAUAUUUGACAUUCGGAAAAUACGAGAGACCAGUGAUCGUUUCUUUUGAUUUAAAUUUAUAUUUUUUAUUUAACUCAGAGCAAAGUACUGUCAAAAAAAAAAAAAAUUUUGGUUUCCAUAAAAGAGUGCUGUACAUUCCUCUUUGAGAAGAAUGUUAUGAGAAUAUCGAUAACAUUGCAAAAAAAACACCUAAAAACCAAUUUGAAAGCAUUUGUGCCAAAUACCUAUAACCACUACCAUUCCAACCUUGAAAAACAAUCACACGUGUUUUUUUCCCCGGUGAGUUUAAUGACCUUCGAGAUGAUCACAAUCGCUCUUUGACCUUUCUCCAACGUAACAGCACAACGACCUUUGUUAACUAACAUACGAGGUGAUUUCCGGAAGCGAAAAUGUUUUCAAAAGCGUUUUCCAAUGAGUUAAAUGAUCACUAGGGGGGGGGGGGUUGACCACUAGCGAUCUCUGACCUUUGGCAACGUAGUAGCGUUGACCUUCGUUGAUUGAAUGAGACACCAGAGUAACGGGUGGUGUUUGGACGCGAAAAUAUUUCGACAAUGUGCUAGAGUCUUCCGUUACCAAUUUUGCUUCCAUUGCUCAUAUGGAUUAGACAACCCAAACGAGCCAAGGAGACCAGACACAAAGUGGGUGAAGGGGUGAUUGGCUAAAAUCGAUUUUCAACUAAUUUUAUUAUCCCCCUCCCCCUAAAAAAAAUUGGGAUACAUUUAUGAAAAGAAAUGUGCCAUUGGAAAAUUCUGUUGUCCCAUCGUAGAAAAAGCUGACAAUAUGCACACUACUGCCCAUUCAUGUUGUCUCCAAUGUUAUAUGUGAACAAAACAAUUGUGGAUAAUUGUUGUUAUAUAUCGACUUUGUGGUUUUAAGCGAACACUGAUCGCUGAGACCGUCGUUUGAUGGUUUCCGUAGAAAGAAACCGUAGAAAGUGAGCAAAAUCUAAAUAUUGUAGGGGUAUUAUGUAUGCUUAAGGUGGACGGGGUGUAGGAGAAGAGGUGCUCAGUGUAUAGUGCUCAAGAGGAAGUUGAAAGGAAACAGAUUAGGUGCGGGUGAGGAGAAGGUGAAAGGGGUGAGAGUAUAGAUAAAACCCUAGAAUGGACUACAGGUAGAGGACAGAAGAGGGUCAUUGAAAGCGUAGAUAGAGGAAAAACCCGUUGGCUGACGUUAAUCUUAAGUUAAGCCUGACCUUGGGCCAGGCUUUGGAACUGGAAGAACUCUCAAAACCCCAGCCAGGUACAAUCCAGGAAAAUCAUUACAUGCUGGUUAGCAUUGUAAAUGUGUGGCCACGUCUGUGGUAUAAAAUAAUAAUGCCCCCAAAAAUAUAUGAGAAACAUCAUAUUAGACGUAAAAAUCAUUAAAAUGCGAACAAAAACGUACCGGAACAGAAAAAUAGCUUUAUCAUUAUACCCGAGAAUUGCAUAAUUUAAUUACAUAUAUUUUAUAGUAAAAAAAGGGCUUUACCGCAGUGAGAAGCAAAGGUCGCUUUACCCAUCGUCUGUGUCGCAAACGUGACCGUAGCGCAGAAGGCAUAGUGCCCUUCAGUACACAAUGACAAAGAUCCACACACGUAGAGAAUUAUAUAGGCCACAGUUCCCGACAAGAGAGAGAGAUACCAUAUGGGAAACAUGCCGUAAUAUACCUGGAGAAUGUUUGGAGAUUUGCGGUUUUAGAACGAUGGUAAAUAGUAGCAGUAAUUAGUGUGACGAGAGGAGGAAGGUGGUGACAUUUGAGGCGUUCCUUGCUGGUCGAGGUGCGUCCGGAAGAGCAAUAUAGGCAAGAAAGUUAAGGAAAAGUAUCAGAAAGUGGUGAAAAAGUAAGGGCACAUAGCCCUUAUGAGUGAUAUAAGGCGAGGACAUAUAGCAGGGAUACGUGGACAAGGGACUUAAUUAUGAAGACGUACUCAAUUAACUUGGCACAAUCACGUUGACUAUCGGGGAUCGAACGCUGAUCCAACAAGAAGCAAGGCCGUUCAGUAACAUAAGGGAAACCUAAAGUUAAAUAUUUCAUACAAGGUCUUUGAUGCUCCAUUUAACACCUGGCUGUUCCAUUCACUAUAUCUGUUUUUCUAUCCACUUCCCACUAUCGUUAUGCCUCUUCACGCGUCUCCUAUGUCCUGUUUAUCACUUACCCUAGUUCCAUACAUCUUGUUAACGACCCAAAUGUUCCAUUAUGGCGUUCGGUUUUUUUGGAUGUUCCCAGUCCACUACGGGCUCACCAUAGACCGUGCUACUUGGAACUUUUGUUCCGAGUAGCUGAAUCUAAAACAAUAACAACAUUGGGCGUUCCUUCACCGAUCAUACCUGUACCACCCUGACUGUGUCUAGCGAAUCCUACUAAAACUGUGGACGAUUGCAGCUGCGCUCAGCAGUGGUACACAAGUCGAUACAUUCCGUGCUGGAACAGCAGACAAUCUGGUUGUUAUUGUAAAUAAGUUGGGUGCGUCCACUCACACUCCUCCUAGUGUGGGUGCGUCCACCCACACUCCUCCUAGUGUGGGUGCGUCCACUCACACUCCUAGUGUGGGUGCGUCCACUCACUCCUCCUAGUGUCACCCUCCGAGUUAUUGACAGGGGCCGAACGUGCUGUUUCCGGUAACCAAUUCGUUAUUUCCAUCACAGAGCAAGUCUCUACCAUCAAAGUACCAGCCUUUUGAGUAUGGUCCCGAAAGUACUCAAAAGUACCAAUGUGUAUUCGUGAGAUCAAUGGUCUUAUUGACCACCUGACAGACGGCCUGACUUCGCCACCAGUGUCAUGCCCACUUCAGACCUCGUAGAAAGCUUUGACAUAUAACAUCAAAUUAAGGGUUAUAUCUCGGAGCGUUAGUGUAGCAGAAGAGCUGUUAACAGUGGACGGGUAAAAGGCCACCUGGCCAAUCAGACCUCCUCGCCCCGCUUCCUCGUUUGCGUUGCUUCCCACCCGGUUGUUACGUUCUAGUUAGGCUGUAAGUUACGUCUGGCGCCUAUAAACCUCAGGUAGCUACUGUGGGUCUCACAGGGGGAAGAGGCCCAUUGCAGCUCCACGCCUUUAUGCUACCUAAAGUUAGCGUUCAUUAUUCCUUGCGCUUGCGGCGUUUUUCUUGUUAAGACAACGGUAGGACAAAUUAGCCUCCUGUUGACUGGUUUGUCCUACCAACACGUCGGUCAAGUUUGAUACUGUUGCCUGAUGUUGCUGUGGCUUGUGUGAGGAGGUCUUAAGGAACCACCGACACCCGGAGCGUGUUCCAUGGUGGGAGGAAGUUGCGUGUCUCAGUGUAAACAACUUGAGACGCGUGGGGCAAUGUAAACAAUGACACAUGUACGGACGUUUGUUUGUAAACAAUGACACGUGUAAGGACGUUUGUUUGUAAACAACACCACGUGGAGAUUUCUGAAUGGGGGAGAACGAGCAUUAGAGUUACAAGAGUGACUCCACAACCAUACUCCGUGUACAGUGUACAGAAUCACCGUCUCUAGAGAGAACUUAAUGUUAAUUUGUGGUACAGAACGAAAAAGUUUUACUUUUGCUACAAAGAUCGGGAACAAAUAAUAAUAAUAAAAAAAAAAUACUCGAACUCUAUAAGUGAUUACUAACUUUUGAGACCUCUUGAAAUAAAUGAAUGAUUUUUUAAUUAUUUAUAUCAGUGAAUGGCGCGGAUAGCGAAACUUUGCGACAAUCAGAGGAGUAAAUUAGGAGUGUUGGGGGCAUGCUUGGCCAAGUUCGAGACUGCAGCGCCCAAUGCCAGACUGCAUAGUAGACAUUCCUCCUAGUUUCUUUUUAAGUUUAAUUGCUGCCUUAACAUUAGAAUAUAGGUGUGUGUGUGUGUGUGUAUGUGUGUGUAUACUGGGUGGAUACCUGGGGGAUACUUGUCGUGUACUACACCACUACCACCACCACUACCACCACUACCAAAGCUUUAUUCUCUGUUUAAUCGCUGCAGUCUCGUUCUAGCUGACCUAAAAAUAUGACUCCAAAUUAUUUAUUUUUUUCCAUGUGUAGAUAAGGCCUAGCCUGCAUAUCGUAAAGCCUGUAACAUACAUAGUUUAGUGUUUCAUAGCGCUACAGUAUAACAGAUGAAUACACAAAUUAUACAGAAACUGUUGCAUAUACUAUGUAUAGAGUAUAUUUAUCCGUGCUGCUCACACGAAAGAACUGGAUUUUUUAGACUGUGAUUAAGGAGGCGAGGACAGACAAAAAGUACCCAUUGUUAGGCUUGUAGAUUCACACGUGUAUUAUGUGUAGCCUAUGUAUAUUUUGACAAGACUUUCAUGUGCAGAAAUGUCAUAUAUAUAUAUAUAUAUAUA